AUGUUCGCACCUCGUGUUGGAGUUGCUAUGCGGCGCUUGAUCACUGCACCCCGUACAGUGGCAGGUGGUCUGCGCUGGAAGUCUGCACUAGUUUCAGCCCUUCCCACGGAUCCGGAAGCCUACGUCAGCAACAAACUGGCCAUGUUCGACUCGAUGCAGUUCACACCGAUUCGUGAGAGCACGGUCAGCCGUGAGAUGACACGGCGCUACAUGUCGGAGAUGCUGGAUUAUGCGGAGACCGACGUGGUCAUCGUGGGCGCUGGCUCAGCGGGGCUUUCGUGUGCCUACGAGCUGACAAAGCAUCCCGACAUCAAGGUGGCCAUCCUGGAGCAGAAUGUCGCUCCUGGUGGGGGCUGCUGGUUGGGAGGGCAACUGAUGAGCUCCAUGGUGGUGCGUAAACCGGCCGACGAGUUCUUGGAUGAGUUGGAAGUCCCCUACGAUGACCAAGGCGACUACGUGGUUGUCAAGCAUGCGGCCUUGUUCAUGUCCUCCGUCCUCCGCAAGGCCCUGAUCGCCCCGAAUGUGAAGCUCUUCAAUGCCGUCGCCGUGGAGGACCUGCUCGUUAGGCAGGAGCCGGAGAGCGUGGCGGUCCGGGGUGUCGUCACCAAUUGGUCCCUCGUCACGCAAAACCACGACACGCAGUCUUGCAUGGACCCGCAGGUCAUGGAGGCGAAGGUGGUGGUGACGGCCACCGGCCACGACGGCCCCAUGGGCGCGAGCUCUGCGAAGCGCCUUGAGUCUCUUGGUGCAUUGCCCUCGGGGCUCCCGGGCAUGGGCGCCUUGGAUAUGAACACUGCCGAGGAGCCGACAGUUGAAGCCUCAAUUGCUGCGAAGCUUCUGACGGUUGGGUUCUGUGCUCGGCAGGAUGCUGUGGUGCAGAUGACCAGCGAGGUCGUUCCUGGCUUGAUCUUUGCUGGAAUGGAGGUUGCCGAGGCACGAGGAUGCAAUCGGAUGGGGCCAACGUUUGGCGCAAUGCUCCUCUCGGGGCAAAAGGCGGCUAACCUGGCCAUUCAGGUGCGCUGGUCGAGUCCGAAAUGCGAUGCUGCCAUUCUCAGCCGUUCCAGAUUUUGGGAGGGUGGCAGCGGCACCAGUUUCAAAGGCUCUGCAGCGCAGGAGCGCAGGAGCGUUGGCGAAGACCGUUGCAAAAGGAGCUUGCGCCAGGAGGAGGUGUUCAGCUUUGAUUCCAGCCGCUAUGAUCUCAGAGGACUGGCGGCAAGACUUCUGGCAGAGGCUGGGCCCAUGGUCGGCUUCGGCUGCUUCGUCGGUUCCUCUCUGGCCUUGGAGCGCUUCCGGGCAGAGGAGAGGACCUUCAGCUCCUUUGCCUACGAGAAGGCAUGGAGACGAUGUGUCCUGGGCUGCCCGUCCUUCCUGGCCUGCUACGACCGUCUUCUGGAAGAGGUCAUCUGCCCACGCUUAAGGGAAAGGCUGGAGGAGGCUGGCCCUGUGACUUUCUACUGCCAGCAUCCGCCGACGGUCCGACUGCAGCCAGGGCGCAGUAGGCGGUCUCGAAUGCUGCAUGCGGACGAGAGAUAUGGCCACCAAGCAGGUGAGAUUAACUUCUGGAUGCCACUGACGGACUACAAGUUGACCAGGACGACGCUGUGGAUCGAGUCUUCGCCAGGAGAAGGCGACUUCCAUCCCAUUGAAGUCCACCCCGGUGAUGUCGCUAUGUUUCAUGGGACGCUGGUGCGGCACUUUGUUCCGCCCAAUCGCUCUGAGCACACGCGGGUAUCCAUGGACUUCCGAAUCGGGGUUGGCCAGCAUUUCGACCCCGACUGGCGUUUGCUGGGGCUACAGCACUACCACCCGCGACGGACCAUUGUGCUGUGA